CUACUUUCUUGAACCCACCCCAGAUCUUGUUCUUGCCCAUUUUAUAAAUUUAUGACAAGAAUUCUCGAUCAAGCUUUUUCCCACCAAACCCUCUAUAAAUCUGUCGUGAAGAAAUAGUUAGGUUAACGUUGCAGAGAAUUAAACAGUCUUCCUCUAGCUCCUCGAUCAAUCGAUCGAUCACAACAAUAAUUGACAAUUAGUAUUGCAUGAAUGGACGGCGGAGAUCAGCCCAUCUUCCCCAACUACUUUUUAGGGCAGUCGGGCAAUGUAGUUUUAGAUCAGUCCGAUGAUCAUCAACACCAGCUGCUCGCCAAUCUUCUUCAUCAACAGCAACAGCAACAGCAGCAAAUUUUCGACAGCUUUAAUGAUGGCGCAGGUGGUAGUAACAUUAACAGUAAUAAUAGGAAUGUGAAUGUGAAUAUGAUCGAUAUGAAUAUGAUGAAUAGUAGCAGCAGUAACAGUAAGGGAAUGAGAAUUGGGAAUAAGAGGAAAAAAAGUGUCCCGGCAAGAGUGGCGUUCCAUACGAGGUGUGAAGAAGACAUUCUUGAUGAUGGUUAUAAAUGGAGGAAAUAUGGCCAGAAAUCUGUCAAGAACAGUGCCCAUCCCAGGAGCUAUUAUCGUUGCACUCAUCAUACAUGCAAUGUUAAGAAGCAAAUCCAACGGCUAUCGAAGGAUACGAGCAUCGUCGUGACAACCUACGAAGGAAUCCACAAUCAUCCAUGUGAGAAGCUCAUGGAAACCCUAAGCCCACUUCUCAAACAGCUUCAGUUCCUCUCCAGAUUCUGACCAUACAUAUAUUCGAAUUUCUUGCACGAAAUUAACCUCUUCGAUUGUCUGACAAUGAAUGUCCGAUCGACUAUGUACAGUAAUUGUAUAUAUAUACACACACGUAUACAUAUGCAUUCAAUAAUGCGUAUGUAUACAUAUUUGUAUUGUUACAUAAAUAUAUAUAUACAUAGGAUAUCCUUAAUGUACUUUGUA